AUGCACCUCACCACGUUCAGCUUGAGCAGAGCAGCGGCAUUUGCUGUGGCACUGCUCCCUGUACUGUCUGCACACGCUGCCGAACCGACGCACCUCACCUAUCGGACCGGCAAGCAAUAUGAUUACAGCCAGUACCCGUGGCACCAGUCGAUGGAGCUGCUAUGGAAGACCAAUUGGGAUCCUCUGUCGAGAAUUGGAGUCUAUCCGUUCGACCAGUGGGGCAACCACUCGGAUUUCGAGUCCAUCAUGGGCACGUUGAUGGAACGCUACCCGGGGCAGUCCGCCAACGACUUCGACGAUGACAAGUGGGCCGAGCCGUUCUUGGAACCCGGUCAGCACGUCUUAAAGAUGGCGCAGGAGUACGAGAACGAGGGAUUGACCGACCUGGCGAGCAAGACAUACCUACGCGCUGCGACGGUCUUUCGAAUCGGAUACUUCCCCUGGUACGGUCUCAUGAGCCACUCCCAUCUGAAAGCAAAGGCGUGGCGUCUCGAGAAAAAGGCCUACGAAGCCGGAAUGAGGCUCGGGAGGUACGCCUUCGAGUCGGUCUCGAUCCCCUUCAAGGACGCGCCCUCGGGCAGCUUCUCUAAAAACGUUCCGGUCUACAUCACCGGGCCAAAGAGAACACCUGCCUCGUCCAAAGUCGUUCUCAUGAUUGCUGGGCUGGACCACUACCGAAGUGGCCAGUUAACCGAAGUGGCCGACCUGUGCGACCAGGGCUUCACAGUGAUCAACGUCGACAUGCCCGGAACAGGCGAUGCACCGAUUACUGGAAAGAAGCCGGAGGACGACGCCAAGCUUUGGCGGUCGAUCAUGGACUGGAUCCACGCCGAGGCGGGACGACGACGCUGGAGCAAGGACGAUGUGUACGCCUGGGGUACUUCGACCGGAAGCUACUGGUCUGUCAAAAUCUCCCGAAGCGAGCGCAGGAGGCUAAAGGGCGUCCUGACCCAGGGCACCGCGAGCCAUUAUACCUUCCAGCCCGACUGGCUCGAAUCCUCCGACAAACUAGGCUAUCCCGUGGCCCUCUGGAACGCGCUCGCCGGGGCUUUCGGAUACGAUGACAAGCUUGAAUUCGCCGAGCAAUCGAAGAGGUACUCUCUGCGAGACCAGGGCGUGCUUGAUGCCAAAUCGGCGCCCGUGACAGUGGUCAACGGUAUGGACGACACCGUCUUCCCGAUCGACGAUUCUGUCCUGCUCGCCACCCACGGCGACGGAGCCACGCUGCGCCUCUUUCCGGGUCAGGGACACAUGGGUCAGCCUGCGUCCGGCGAAUUCAUCGCGGCCUUCUGGAAGCAGGUGGCGAAGUCGGGUUGA